AUGAAGGACGACCCCAUAGCAAUAGUUGGCAGUAGCUGCCGGUUGCCCGGCGGCGCCACAUCACCCUCUAAGCUCUGGGGGCUACUUGAGAGCCCACGAGAUGUGUUGCAAGAAAUUCCAGCGACUCGUUUCAAUACUAAGGCGUUCCAUCACACAAACAGCCAGCAUCAUGGAAGCAUGAACGUUAGGCACGCGUAUCUUCUAGAUGAGGACCCCCGUGGCUUUGAUCGUGACUUUUUCUCCAUUAACCCCAAGGAGGCCGAGGCCAUGGACCCUCAGCAGCGCUUGCUGCUCGAGACAGUAUACGAAGGCAUCGAGUCGGCGGGCUACUCGAUGCACCAACUCAAGGGUUCAUCCACCGCCGUGUUCGUCGGGUGUAUGAGCUUUGACUACCAGUUUACUGCUAUACGUGGCAUUGAGAGUCUGCCACAGUAUCACGCAACUGGCACUGCGGCAUCUAUCCUGGCCAAUCGUCUAUCGUACUUUUAUGACUGGAGAGGGCCUUCAGUGGCGAUAGAUACUGCUUGCUCCUCUAGUUUGGUAGCUCUGCACCAAGCAGUAUCUGCUCUGCGGAAUGGAGAGGCAACUAUGGCAGUUGCAGCAGGUUCGAACCUCAUCAUUGGCCCGGAGCCAUUCGUGAGUGAAUCCAAGCUCAACAUGCUCUCACCCAAUGGUCGAUCUUUCAUGUGGGAUGCGUCUGCGGAUGGCUAUACCCGCGGCGAGGGUUUCGCUGCUGUUUUCCUUAAAACGCUCAGCCAGGCAAUCGCAGACGGCGACCACAUCGAAUGCAUCGUUCGCGAGACAGGCGUCAACUCAGACGGAAAGACACCGGGAAUUACAAUGCCCAGCUCCGAGUCACAAGCCAGGCUCAUUAGGGAUACGUACUUGCGCUGCGGGCUCGAUCCAGCACUCGAGUCAGAUCGCCCACAGUACUUCGAGGCACAUGGGACAGGCACACCUGCGGGAGACCCUAUUGAGGCUCGAGCCAUCCAAAGCGUGUUUUUUCCCGAUGGAAACGACGGCCAGCUUAUGGUUGGCAGUAUAAAGACCAUCAUUGGACAUACUGAGGGUACUGCGGGACUUGCAGGUGUACUGAAGGCGUCAUUGGCCGUCCAGCAUGGCGAGAUUCCCGCGAACCUCCAUUUUAACAAGCUCAAUCCCAAAAUUAAGCCAUACUACACAAACCUGCGCAUUCCGACCGAGAAAAGCGCCUGGCCUAUCGUUCCGGAAGGAUCGCCGCGCCGUGUGAGUGUCAACAGCUUCGGUUUUGGUGGCACCAAUGCGCAUGCCAUCAUUGAGAGCUGGGAUGGCCAUGAGCACACUCCUAAAACUCGGACGAACGACAUUAAGACUAAUGGUCAUACAAAUGGCCAUACAACAAAUGGACAUGUGACAAAUGGAUUUGCGACAAACGGACACGCAACAAAUGGUCAUACCACGAACGGCCAUGCAACGAACGGUAGUGCAACGAACGGCCAUGCGAUCAAUGGCCACGCAAAGCCAAAUGGACACACGCCAAACGGCAAGCCGCAAGAAAUUAAGGCUUCAGACGAUGGAAAAAUCAACGGCCACACGACGACAAAAGACACCGCCGAAUCACAAGUCCAGAGCGCCGGGCCUUUCGUCCUAUCAGCCAACUCGAGCACAGCUCUAGCAGCAAAUGCCGCGGCAUUAUCCGCCCAUUUGCGCGCAAACCCUAGCGCCAAUCUCGCUCAGCUCGCCUACACUCUGUUCCGGCGGACGGACUUCCCCUUCCGGGCGGCCUUCUCUGCCACAUCUGCCGAGCAGCUCGCCGACAAGCUCGAGGCGGCUACCGAAUCUCUCAAAGGCAGCACCCGCACGGCGACCAUCCCCGAGGUCCUGCCUCCUCGGAUCCUGGGUGUCUUCACGGGCCAGGGUGCGCAAUGGGCGACCAUGGGCAAGGAUCUCUACGGAGCUUCAGCUCCGUUCCGUGAUGCCAUCGACAAGAUGCAGGAGAGUCUUGAUUCGCUCCCCUUGGGCGAUCGCCCCGACUGGACACUGGUCGAUCAACUCUAUGCGCCUUUGAAAACAUCCCGCGUUGGCGAGGCCGCCGUGUCACAGCCCUUGUGUACUGCGCUCCAGGUCGGUCUGGUAGAUGCCUUGCGCGCUGCCGGUAUACACUUCGCCGCUGUCGUGGGACACUCGUCCGGUGAGAUUGGUGCUGCGUAUGCUGCGGGUUACCUCGAUGCUAAGGACGCUAUUCGCGUCGCUUACUACAGAGGUGUGCACUCCCAUCUUGCUCACGGUCCAGGCGGGAAGCGCGGUAAGAUGAUGGCGGUGGGCAUGUCCCUAGGCCAAGCCACCGCAUUCUGCAGCGACUUUAGUGGAGCGAUCACCGUGGCCGCCAGUAACUCGCAGACCAGCUGCACCCUGGCAGGAGAUGCUGAAGCUAUCGACGAGGCCGAAGCCCGUCUUCGCGAGAACGGCACCUUUGCCCGCGUGCUACAAGUUGACACGGCCUAUCACUCUCAUCACAUGAAACCAUGCGGCAACCCCUAUCUCGAGUCCAUGAAGCAAUGUGGAGUCAAGGUGAACAAGGGGCGCAAGCAAUGCACGUGGUACUCUAGUGUCUGGGGAGCGAACGGUCGAAUUCGGUCAUUUGAUCAGGUAGCUGAUAGCGUCCUCCUUGAGGGCCAGUAUUGGGUCGAUAACAUGACGCAAGCCGUGCUUUUCAGCCAGGCAGUCUCGCGAGCCCUCAACGAAGAUCAAUAUUUCGACCUUGCUCUUGAAGUUGGUCCGCAUCCGGCUCUCAAAGGGCCCAGCUCAGAAACCAUAAAGUCGUUGUCAGGUCUAACUCUCCCAUACUCGGGUGUUCUGAAGCGCGGGCAAAGUGCAGUUGAGUCAUUUGCUGACGCACUGGGAUUCUUGUGGAAAUUAUUUCCUUCGUCAAGUCCCUUGAUUACGUUCGACGGAGUCCGUAGAGCUUUCGCAAAUGGUACUGAGAAACAAAAGCUUACCAUUCUGAAAGGUCUCCCUGCCUACUCAUGGGAUCACCCUGGUCUCAUCUGGAAAGAAUCGAGAUCAGCUCGCAUUUUCCGUACGCAAGACCAAGCGCGUCACGAGCUUCUGGGUCACUGUGUUACGCACGGCGAGCGUGGCAAGCGUGAAAUACACUGGAAGCAACUCAUCAGGUUGAGCGAGUUGCCCUGGAUCGCUGGGCACCGGAUCCAAGGUGAAGUGUUAUUCCCGGCAUCCGGCUACUUGUCAAUGGCGUACGAGGCAGCGACACGCCUUGCCGAUGAUCAGCAACCAAUGCGAUUAAUCGAGCUGCAUGAUAUCAAUAUUGAGCGUGCCAUGCGCCUUGAAGAAGACUCGUCAGGAUUGGAGGUAGUCUUCACCGUUCACGUCACGAGUCAGUCUGACGAGUGCAUUACUGCCGAAGUUGCCUGCUACAGCGGCCCCGUCGACUCGGUCCAGCCGCUCGACACUCCUCAAGCCAAACUCACGUCCCAUUUCACUGGUGGCGUGCGAGUUUGGCUGGGCGAGCCGAGCAAGGAUGUUUUACCUCGGCGAACCAAACCACUGCUUCCCAUGGAUGCUCUAGACAUGGAACAGCUCUACUCGAGUCUGGCCGAAGAAGGUUUCAACUAUGCCGAAUUAUUCCAGGCGAAGUCAAUGCUUCGACGGCUCCACCGCGCCGUGGUCACCGUUUCCUCGCCGCCAGAAGGCUCCUCGAUUCGGUCGUGCAUGCAUCCCGCACCCGUUGACACCGCCUUCCAAGGUCUUCUAGCUGCCUUUUCUUUCCCCGGGGAUGGCCGCGUAAACUGCAUCUACCUGCCAACACGCGUGGAGUGUGUCAGAAUCAGCAUGGCGCCCUCCGAGCCUCAAGAGUCGCUCGACCUUAAUGCCGACGCAACCGUGACCGCGACAGGGAAAACUACCUUGACAGGAGAUGUCGACCUCUUUGAUGCCGCAGAUGGACAAAUCAACGUCCAGGUGCGUGGAGUGCACCUAACGGCGGUUGGCCAACGCCGGGAUCCUUGGCUUUACGCCGACACCACGUGGGUUAGGGAUGCCGACUUUGGAAUUGAGCCUGGCAAAGAAACCAAACUCUCGGAGCAGGAGAAGGUUCUGUAUGAACAGCUUACGCGCACAGCUCACUUCUACUUGCGCCAGCUUCGCAAGAAGAUCCUAAAGCAGGAGCUGAUGCUGAUGGGUAAAUAUCGGAGACACAUGAUGACUUGGGUUUUGGAGCAUCUGCUUCCCCAGAUUGAUGCUGGGGAGCAUCCCGAAGUUAAACCUGAGUGGAAGAACGACACCCUCGCGAUGGUGCAAGAGUGGCGGGACAGCCAACCAGCCGACAAUAACGACAUGAACAUCCUCCAUGCUAUGGGAAAGAAUCUUGUCAGUAUUGUUCGCGGUACCACACCUCCUCUCAAAGUACUCACACAAGACGGUAUGCUUGACCGCCUUUAUGUUGAAGGUCUCGGCGCCAAAGACGGUAAUGAGGAUCUUGCGGUCAUGGUCAAACAAAUUGCGCACCGAUAUCCGCGCAUGAACGUCCUUGAGGUCGGAGCUGGCACCGGAGGUACUACACGAGCCGUACUAGACGCCCUAGGAACCCAAUACGCUUCGUACACAUAUACGGAUAUAUCUACCGGCUUCUUCGAUAACGCGCGUACCGUGUUCAGUAAUCAUAUCAACAAACUUAAUUUCAAGACGCUGAAUAUUGAGAAUGAUCCGGUGGAUCAAGGAUUCGAAAAUGGAGCCUACGACAUGGUCGUUUCAUCGAACUGUCUGCAUGCGACGAAAAGCCUCGACGAAACCUUGCGUCACUGCCGACAGCUUCUCCGUCCAGGUGGCCGCUUAGUAUUGCUAGAGAUCACCAAAGACUUUUUGCCAACGCAGUUGGUCAUGUCGACGCUCCCUGGAUGGUUCCUCGGCAUAGAUGAUGGGCGAGUCUGGGCACCCACCGUUGGCUUAGAUCGAUGGGACACGCUGCUGAAGGCCAAUGGGUUUUCAGGAGUUGAUAUCAGCUCGACUCCAUCCUUUUGUUCCGUCAUCGUGGCCCAGGCAGUCGACGAGAGCAUACAGCUACUCCGCGAGCCUCUCAAUGCCGGGUCAGCGGCACUUCCGCCUAUUAAUGACAUCAUCAUCAUUGGCGGUGGCGCCAGCGCCGAACUCGCGUCCAAGACUAAGGCAGUUCUUGAAGCAGCAGUUUCCGCCUCCACGAAGAUCACAGCACUUUCUGGUCUGGAGGGCAUUAACGUGCCCAAACGCGCAACUGUACUGUGCCUCAACGACCUCGAUAGCCCAGCGUUCCGCGAUAUGAACGAAAAGAGGUUCAAGGGCUUGCAAGAUCUCAUGGAGACAGCUGAGUCAGUUCUAUGGGUGGCAUCGGGCGCAAAAUCAGGCAAAGACCCCGAAGCCAACAUCACGUUGGGCCUUUCAAGUACACUGCGCGCUGAACGAAUGGAUUUCAGGCUUCAAUUCCUCGACGUUGAUGACCCGUCUUCUCUAGUUCCAACCACACUAGCUGAGAUGCUUCUCCGUCUCGCUCUAGUGGAUCCAUCCGAAACCGACCAUAUGUUGUGGACCCAGGAGCCUGAGCUGGCGCUCAAGAAUGGCGCUUUCUACAUACCUCGUGUGCUGCCUCUAGACGACAUCAAUCGUCGGUCUGCUGCGAGGAUUCGGAAUGUUACGCAAACAACUAGCCUUCAAGCCGAAGACACGGCGGUGGUACUCGACGACAGUCAGAAUGGCUUUGAGCUACAAGCUAUACCCUUCGGAAGUACUAAGGGUGAUGAAUUUUGCUUGCGGGUCACGGCUUCCAGUCUCUCUGCCAUCGUCUAUGACGGACAGGAGACCCAAUUUGUUUGCAUCGGCCACGAACUGUCUUCAGGAGACAAGGUUCUCGCUCUUUCGAGUGUUAAUGGAUCCCUUGUCAAGGUCCCCAGGGAUCACAUUCUGUGUCGCUGGCAGGAUGACAAGCUGACAGCCGUCGAUGACAUCGCAUGGCUGCACCAGUUCCUGGCCCAGGCACUUGCAAGACACCUCCUGAGUAACUUGAAAGCGCCGGCGUGGGUGCACGGUGCUCCUGACAGCAUCAGUAAGGUCAUUGACACGGUUGCUAGCGAACAGGGGAUUACGGUAUUCCAAACCACAUCGCGAAUGUCAGACACUUCAGGUGUAAACUUCAUUCAUCCCUAUGCGAGCGAAGAAGAUAUACAGGAAAUAUGUCCAAGUGGCCUACAGAGCUUUGUUAAUCUGGCACAAGCGCAACAUCAGACCAUACCUAGAUUGAUUCAGGCAGCGGCGCCCGCUGCGACCAUCGCCAACAAAUCCACUAAUGAGCUCAUUAUCAAGUUGAGCCUUUCUGACCUCGGCAAUCUUGCCGUGAAACUUCAAUCUAGCCUCCUACAGGUACUGUCCAACAAUGUUGAAGUCACGGGCAUCGACCAAGCUUCCACACUGAAGAGCGGCAAAUCUGACCCAACGGAGGUAAUCAAUUGGACCACCACUGAUAGUGUUAGCGCACUGGUCCAGCCCCUUGAAUCCCGCGGGCUAUUUUCACCGGACAAGACAUAUCUCCUAUGCGGCAUGACAGGAGAUCUGGGCAUAUCAGUAUGUUUAUGGAUGGUAGAGAACGGUGCGCGAAACGUAGUUUUGACCAGUCGAAACCCUAACGUGCCACAAGGGGUACUCAACUACCUCUCACGAAAAGGUGCAAAUGUACGACCCAUGGCCGCCGAUAUAGUCAACAUGGACUCGCUCCGUGCCGCCCAUGCUGAGAUCAAAUCCACAAUGCCGCCUAUCGGCGGUGUGAUGAACGCAGCCAUGGUUCUCCGCGACCGUCUAUUCCAUCAUCUACCCUGGGAAGACUUCUAUGCCACGUUGGCGCCCAAGGUAGUCGGGUCCAAGAAUUUGGAUGCAGUAUUUGGCGAUGAACCACUAGACUUCUUCAUCUGCUUCUCGUCAACGACAUCGAUAGUCGGAAGUAUCGGACAGUCAGCCUACGCGGCCGCUAAUCACUACAUGGCGAGUCUAGUGCAGGGAAGACGGCAGCGCGGUCUAGCAGGCUCCCUGAUCCACAUCGCAAUCCUGACAGGCUUCGGCUACAUUUUCAGGCGAGAUUCCGACCAUGCCGAGACUAUCUAUAAGGCCAUUCUUCCUCGAUUCAACAGAGAAUCCGAAACUGACCUGCACGAGAUGCUGGCAGAGGCCGUGGUCUGCGGGCGUCCUGGCUCAGGACAGACUGGGGAAUUGAUCACGGGUAUCAGGCCCGUGUUCCAGGGUGAAUGGCGCGACGAUCCUCGUCUGUCGUGCUACAGCGGGCAGCAACAGCAGCAAGACGACGCGGGCGCGCAGCAGAGCGGGGGCGCGGCCAGUAUCAAGUCGCAGCUCGCUGAUGCCGAAGACGCUGCUGAGUGCCUCACGAUACUCGAGCAGGGAUUCAAGAUAGCGCUAGGAAACAUGCUCGAGAUUGAUCCUCAGGUCCUGGAUAGUAAACUACCUGUGGCUAGUCUGGGCAUCGACUCCCUCGUCGCUAUUCGCAUUCGAGAAUGGUUUUUGAAGGAAAUGGGUGUGGAUGUGCCUGUGUUGAAGGUCAUGUCCGAUACUUAUUCUAUGUCCCGGAUGUGUGACGAUGUGCUGGUUGAUUGGCGAAAAAACAAUAAGGCCUAG